GAAGAACAGAGUGACCAGCAGAAUAAACAUGGCUUCCUUCAAAUUUUCCACAUGCCUUCUGAUCACUCUCUCCCUCCUAACCUUUCUUAGCCUCACCGCCGAAGCAGCACCCACUUAAGCUGAUCACACCUGCUCAAACUGCAGCUUUUUUACUCCCAACAGCACCUACCAAACCAACCUCAACGAAGUCAGCGUCAACCUCCGCCUCUCCGCUCUUUCCUCUAACGCCACCCGCCGCAACGGCUUCUACACAACCAAGGCCGGCCAGGACCCUCCCGACGUAGUCACCGGCCGUUUUCUCUGCCGCGGGGAUCUCACCCCGGACCUCUGUGAAAUCUGCAUCUCUACUGCCAUGAGAGAUAUAAGAAAUCGCUGCCCCGCCGACAAGGUGGGGCUAAUCUGGUACGACGAGUGCACGUUACAGUACUCCAACGAGUCCUACCUGAACGACCAGGUGCCCUUCCAGAUCUUGCCAACCACCAGCCAGAACGUCGUUGAGCUGGACCGCUUCAACACGCUGGUGUCCACCACCAUGAAGUCGUUGGCGACACAAUCCGCGAAUUCUCAAUCGGGCAAGAAGUUCGCGGCGGAGGUAGUAAACUUCACGAGCUCACAGAGGCUGUACUGCAUGGUGCAGUGCUCGCCUGAGAUGGACGCCGAUCUGUGUAUGAGUUGCUUGCAAAGCACCAUAGGCUCUCUUCCUCAGUGCUGCACGGGAAAACAAGGCGGAAAGGUUCUGCUUCCGAGCUCUAAUAUUAGAUACGAGUUGUUUCCAUUUUACAGUCUGACAACAGUAUUUCCUGGACCUCCUUCUCUUCCUCCAGGUACUUAAUUAAUAAAAAGCACAGCACUGACCUCAGUAUCAUCAGUACGUAGUUUGCUCACUG